AUGUUCAGGUCCAUCCUCCCCACUGCCACCCGCACCCUCUCCAACACCCGUCUUAUCCACUCCUCUGCUAUCAGAAUGGGCGUCACCAUCGAGCGUAUCUCUGCCGGCGACGGCGUCAACUUCCCCAAGAAGGGCGACCGCGUCACCAUCCACUACGUCGGCACCCUCCUCGACGGCUCCAAGUUUGACUCGUCGCGCGACCGCGGAUCCCCCUUCUCGUGCACCGUCGGUGUCGGCCAGGUCAUCAAGGGCUGGGACGAGGGUGUCCCCCAGCUCUCGGUCGGCGAGAAGGCCGUCCUCACCGCUACCCCUGACUACGCUUACGGAGCGCGCGGAUUUCCUCCCGUUAUUCCCCCCAACUCGACCCUCAAGUUCGAGGUCGAGCUCCUCAAGAUCAACUAA